ACUUCCACCAGCCUGUCCCCUUUCUCCAACGGCUACUUCCAUAAACGCGCCGAUUUAAAAUUUCUCCUCGGUUACCUCGCCAUCUCCACAUCUUCAUUUCCGAUCGUUACUCCACUUUUGCAAACCCUUUCUCUCUCUCUCUCUCUCUCUCUCUCUCUCUUCCCACUGAUUCCACCAUGGACGAGAAUACUCAAGCUGUCAACUCCACCAGUGACGAUUCCGGUGAAGAUUUCUACGAGUUGAUCGAAGCGCCUAAGUUCGUCGACUUCACCGUUUCUGAUCCCUACGUUCCCGAUGAUCGCUACUGGUUCUGCUCCCGAGUCGGGUGUGAAGAGGUACAUCCAGAAGAAAUGGACUCUGAUGUCGUUUACAAAAACUUUGUAAUGCGGGUAAUGGCGGCGAGAAGUCCGAAUGUACGGCUCCAGAGAGUUAGAAGGAACCUGAAAUGCCCACUCACAGCUCCUCCGAAGUCUUCCAAGUCUAGAGUGGCAAGGCUAGCUCUGAUUUCUUCCAUUUCCAAAAGGAUAGGGGAUUCAAGAGUUAAAUCUAGAUUGCCUACUGCCAAUCCUGCUACAACUGCGAACGUAAAGCCAAAGCAAGCUCAUGCCAAGGCAAUGACCACUCCAAGGAACAGGAAGCUUAACUCCAAUACCAAUUCUUUUCUGAGUGUUAAAAAUUCUAAGACAACAUCAGCUGAAGAGCCAAAGACUACCAAGGUAGCUAAGGCUUUGUUCUUUCAGUCUCCAAAAAAAGAUACAAAAAAGAGAACUUCAACAGAAAUGAAUACCCCUGUGAAAACUAUAUGUGCAGCAAUGAAGAAACUCGAAAUUACCAGUGCAAAUAAGAAUGUAUUAGGGCAUGAGAAAAAUGUAUUAGGGGAUGGAGAGUCAUUGCCCCAGGAUGUUCCGAGGAAAAAGUUAAGAGGACGUGAGGUGAAGAGCCGAGUUUUUGAUUCAUUACGAACUCAAGGUUGCAAACGCCAGGAUGCCAAAUCUGCAAGAGUUUUGAAGAGGAGAAGCAAAGAAAGGAAGAUAAAGCCGCCUCUUGCCCAGCAAGUUGCCCCAGAAAAUGUUGAUGAGGAUGCCAGUGAUAUGGAUAUUGAUGUAAAAUCAAGGCAAGUUUCAAUGCAAGGGUGCUCUUUGUCAGUUUCUUCUAAGAGUAAAGAAGGAAAUCCAGAUGGACUUUCAAGACCUGAAGAUUCAGAUAAUUUAUCCAAAGAUUCUGAUAGAACUUCCAUUUCAAAUUAUGAAGAGAGAAUUUCGGCAAAAAGUGGUCUCAAGGUUGUCCAAUGUAAAGUAGAGGACAAGAAGAACCAAUUAUACUAUCAUGAAGAGAAAGUCAAACCAGGUGUGUUAGACAUGAAUAUUUUAGAAGUUCUGGUGAGUGAUGAUAAAGAAAAUGUAGCUGAAAUUAGUGAUGGUAAUCGAGAUGAAAUGGUUUUACAAAUUGUGGAGCCUCUGAACAAUAAUUCUGAUGAUGAUACUAAAGUAUCAAAUCCAGAUGAGAAAAAUCCAGAAGCAAUUGAUUUCAACACAGUUCUGUGUGAAGUGGAGCCUGAGAAGAAUAAAAAAUGCAACCGUGAAGGGAGAAUGAAAUCAGGGGAAGUACAAAAGAAUAUCUCAAAACUCGAGAGUGAUGAUAAAGAAAAUGUUGUGGGUGCAAGUAAGGAAAAUGCAGUACCCUCUGAUGAUGAUAUAGAGCAUGAGAGUGAAACCACCACAGAUGAAAAUGUUGCACCUAAUGACAACAGGGAAGACAACUCUUACGACCAGUCUGCAACAGUGGCAUUUGGCAAGCUUGUGAGAUCUAAUGCGGCAAAGGUCAAAGAAGUAUUAAAGAAGACUGUGAAGGAGACAUCUACUCCUGCUACAGUUGGUUCUCAUGGGCUGAAACCCAGCAGACCAAAGUCCACGAAUCCCAAGCCAUUCAGACUAAGAACUGAUGAAAGAGGUGUACUUAGGGAAGCAAACUUGGGGAAAAAGCUUCAUUGUCCUUUGAAAGACAUCACUGCAUCUCGAAGGCAUCAUGGGGACAAGUUGCAAAGAAAAAAUCAAUGCACGAAUCAAAAUUCUGAAUGUGAAAAUCGUGUUGAGGAAGAACAUGAACAAAGGAGGUUAGAGAACAAAUUCCCAGACGAUCCACAAGGCGGAACAAUACUAGAUUAUUCCUCAAGCAACAAAAAAGGAGAUUCUGAACACAAGUUAUGUACAAUGGACUCACAAAAUUGUUUUGCUUUAAAACACCAGAAACCAAGACAUUGUCGUCAAUUUGAACCCGGCAAUAAGAGAGCAACCAAGACAACAGAUGACAAUUUGAAAAAGACCAACUUACAAAAGAUACAGCAAAGAGUUAGGAAGCCUAGAAGGGAUUUGUCACCCAUAGAAGAAAUAACUUCUCUGGUACCUAGCCAACACAAGGCAAGGAAAGAAACCUCUUUGAAGAUAUCGAGUCACAAAGAAGCUAGAAAACCAUCAGAGGCAUUAUCUCGAAAAAGGAGGCCUGCUGCAACUAUUCCUAAGGAGCCAAAUCUUCAUGGAAAUCAUCUACCAAGGAGAGCUGCUCAAGAAAAUUGGCUAAGGUGAUCCUGAUCCUCACCAGAGUUAUUCGUUCAAUGCUGAAUUCUUUUUGGUUUGUUCAAUUAAAUCAUUGAAUUGUAUUUUACAACUUACAUUUCUAAGCCAGGAGUGUGAAAAUUGUAUGAAUUUGAAGCAUAGCAAGCCAGUUGUGUAUCUUAUCCAUUUUUAAAUAUAUUAUAAUCAAUCAAUUCUUGUGCAUAA